GCGCAUUGGCAACAUUGCAUCAAAAUCAAACAUGGCGCGCGUACACACGGUUCCGCAAUUUUUACAUUUUUUCCUUUAUUUCUCAUUUGUAUUAUGUUGUUUUACUAGUUUUGUGAGUGCCAAUCGCGAGUUAGAUGAAGACAAUUGGAAGGAAAUUCUUGAAGGAGAAUGGAUGGUCGAGUUUUACGCGCCAUGGUGCCCAGCCUGCAAGGACCUGUCGCCUGCUUGGAGGGAGCUGUCCACCCGCGCUACCCGCAAGGCCCUGGGCGUGAGGACAGCUGGUGUCGACGUCACCAAGUCGCCAGGGCUCAGCGGUAGAUUCGUCGUCACAGCUCUGCCAACUAUAUUCCAUGUGAUCGACGGCGAGUUCCGUCAGUACAAGGGUCCCCGCGACGUGGACUCGAUGCUGGGCUACGUGGAGGAGGCGCGCUGGAAGCAGACGGAGCCCGUGCCCGCGUGGAAGGCGCCGCACUCCAUACAGAUGACGCUCGUCGCAGAGUUCUUCAAGCUCAGCCAGGCGCUCAGGGUCAGUAGCACUUGCUGUCACAUGUUCAAGGACUGUGGAUGUGGAUAAAAUGCAGCUAUGACA